AUGAAGUCGUUGGCAUUUGUUCUGUUCGCCUUGAUGUUUAUUGAUACUCCUGCGGAGGAAGUGUACGUUAAAAUUACUUUAAAAUAUGUGAAAAUCACCUCUUCUUUUAAUAUUGAAAAAAAAUAUUAAAAAUGUUUCAAAUCAUUCAAUUAUGCUGCUGCCAAUAUACUUUAAUAAUCGUUUUUCUUUUUUUCAGAGACCGUUCAAAGCGUUAUUGGGGUUGGGGGCCUCCUCCGCCUCCCCCUCCUCCUCCGCGUCCAUGGGGUUGGAGGCCACCACCACCUCCGCCAUAUUACGGUCCCCGGCCUUAUGGCUACGGCAGCGGUAGGGUUACAGUAACAAAAACGGUUUCCCGUACCUUUCCUGUUCGAGCUUAG